UCAGUUAUAGUGAGACCAUUGGUUGGGCCAGCCGCAGUAGCAACCGCAGCAGCAGCAGCAACACACGCGUUUCCAGCCGGAGCUUCCAUUAUCCAGAAUCCCUGACCUAACAUUUCCAUCACCUGUGGCAAGAUGUCCUUUGUGCGUCUAAUUGGUGCUGAGGCACGUUUGAUCGCCAGGCGUAGCUACUCGUCGUCUGCUCCCACAACCAAGCUGUUCAUCGAUGGCAAGUUUGUGGAGUCAAAGACCAACGAUUGGAUCGAUGUGAAAGAUCCGGCCACCGACAAGGUGGUGACCCGUGUGCCCAAGGCAACGCCUGAGGAAAUGAAGACCGCUCUGGAAUCCAACAAGCGCGCCUUCAAGUCAUGGAGCAACACCUCUGUGGUGUCACGUCAGCAGGUCAUGUUCAAGCUGCAGGCCUUGAUCAAGGCCAAUAUGGGUGAGCUGGCAAAGAACAUCACUAAGGAGCAGGGCAAGACUCUGGUCGAUGCUGAGGGUGAUGUGCUCCGCGGUCUUCAGGUUGUCGAGCACUGUUGCAGCAUUCCCUCGCUGCAGAUGGGUGAGACGGUGGCAAAUGUUGCCCGCGACAUGGACACCUAUUCGCUGGUCAUGCCACUCGGUGUCACCGCCGGCAUUGCCCCAUUCAAUUUCCCAGCUAUGAUCCCAUUGUGGAUGUUCCCCGUGGCCAUUACCACUGGCAACACCAUGUUGCUGAAGCCCUCCGAGCGUGUGCCCGGUGCCACCAUGUUGCUGAUGGAACUGCUCAACGAAGCCGGUUGCCCACCCGGUGUGGUCAACGUCAUCCACGGCCAGCACGACGCAGUCAACUUCAUUUGCGACGCACCCGAGAUUAAGGCCGUCUCCUUUGUGGGCUCCGACACGGCCGGCAAGUACAUCUACGAGCGCGCCGGCAGGAAUGGCAAGCGUGUUCAGAGCAACAUGGGCGCCAAGAACCACGGUGUUGUGUUGAGCGAUGCUAACAAGGAGAACACCCUCAACCAGCUGGCUGGCGCCGCCUUUGGCGCUGCCGGACAGCGCUGCAUGGCCCUGUCGACGGCCGUGUUUGUGGGCGAAGCUCAGAAGUGGAUCCCCGACCUGGUUGAGCGCGCAAAGAAGCUGAAGGUUAACGCUGGCCAUGUGCCCGGCACCGAUGUGGGACCCGUCAUCAGUGACGCUUCUCGCAAGCGCAUCAACGAUCUGAUCGAAUCGGGCGUGAAGGAGGGCGCCAAGCUGAUCCUCGACGGCAGGAAGAUCACAGUGCCCGGCUAUGAGAAUGGCUACUUUGUGGGCCCCACCAUUUUGACCGAUGUCAAGCCAAACAUGAAGUGCUACACCGAGGAGAUCUUUGGCCCCGUCCUGGUUAUCCUCAAUGCCGACACCCUGGACGAAGCCAUCUCAAUUGUGAACGCCAAUCCGUAUGGCAAUGGCACCGCCGUCUUCACCACCAACGGUGCUGCUGCACGCAAGUUCGUCAACGAGAUCGAUGCCGGCCAGGUGGGCGUCAAUGUGCCCAUCCCCGUGCCCUUGCCCAUGUUCUCCUUCACUGGCACACGCGGCUCCUUCCGCGGCGAUCAUCACUUCUAUGGUAAGCAGGGCAUUAAGUUCUACACACAGACCAAGACCGUUACCCAGCUGUGGCGCGAGACAGAUGUCAACCACACCCAGGCGGCCGUGGCCAUGCCCACCAUGAAGUAGACACCCACACACAUACAAAAACCACACAGACA